AUGGCCUUUGAGCACAACAACUUGAACCGACGGAAGAACGUCUUCGUUCUGUGCUUUGAUGGCACUGGAAACAAGUUCAGCGGCACCGACGCUGACAGCAAUAUCCUCAAGCUUUACCGCAUGCUCGAUCGAUCCGAUGCCUCAAUGUACACGUUUUAUCAGCCCGGCAUUGGCACAUAUGUGACUUCCCAUUCGAUGCAAACCACGUCCAUGUUCGGUCGAAUCCGUUCUGCAUACCUGAAGGCCAAGGACUCGGCCGUCGGUUCGUCUUUUGCGGAUCAUGUUAUGGGCGGCUACCAGUUCCUCAUGAGGUACUAUAGCCCCGAAGAUGACUUGUAUUUCUUUGGUUUCAGCCGAGGAGCAUACACAGCACGCUUCCUUGCCGAGAUGCUCGAUCAUAUCGGUCUGCUCAGUGCUGGAAACGAAGAGUUGAUCAGGUUCGCAUGGAAGACGUACGCCAAGUGGGCCUGUAGGAGGAACGAUGGUACUGAAAAGGCGAUCAGGGAUGAGAAAGAGCAGUAUGCAUUCAUGCGAGGAUUUCGUCAGACGUUUAGUAGGCCGGUCCGGAGAAUCCGUUUCCUGGGGCUCUUCGAUACAGUAAACUCGGUACCACGGUUCGAGUCAGCAUGGAUGGCACGUACCAAGUUUCCUUACACUGCACGUUCCUCUGCCAAAGUGAUUCGCCAUGCAGUUUCAAUCGACGAGCGACGAGCGAAGUUCCGUCAGGACCUCAUCGGCGCCACUCACCAGCGUCCAGGAGCGGACAACAAGAGCCACGAGAUGCAUCAGUACGGGUCUGACUUCAACCACAUAAAUAAGAAGCUGAACGAAGCGAAUGAGGGCGAGGGCGAGGGCGAGGGCGAACGUAGAGGACUUCUUAGGAGUAAUUCGGGCUCGAGAGCAGUGAUCGACCCUGGCUCUGGAACAACAGUUCCACCAUCUCCAGAGGAGAAUGAAGGUCAUGGCCAAGAUCAGAGCCAACGGGGCCGUCUUUUGGUACCAUCAAGUCAAGCAAGGACACAGAUCUCGUCAGAUAGUCUAGCAGCACCCGCUUACACUCCAAGCACCGAAGACCUACAAUCGACAAGCGGCAAAUCCGAUCGACAACAUAACGACAGACGUCUCCGUCGCCGGUGGUCUGAGAACCGUCAGACCCAAGACAUCCAGGAGGUAUGGUUCUCUGGCGGACAUGGCGAUGUCGGCGGUGGAUGGUCAAAGGUCCACCACGAGGAGAAGAUGCUCAGCCAUGUACCGCUGGUGUGGAUGGUUCUGGAAGCAGAAAGGGCAGGUCUGAGAUUUGAUCCCAGUAAGAUGGCGGACUGUUCCUGCCUGCCUGAUAAGCUUGGCGAAUGUGGUGAGCGGCUCAGAGACCACGUUUGCUCGAAGCAUUUCCUCCAGCACCUGGAAGAUUGCUCUUCUCACGGCUUGGUACAUGAUUGCCUCGAGAUCGACCACGGCUUGACCUGGGGCGAUGUCUUUUUUUGGAGAAUCAUGGAGUACUUGCCUUUCCGAAGGAUGGACCUGCAUCAUGGCAAAUGGCGAGCAAUCCGUUGGCCUCUUCCCAUGGGCGAGACCCGCGAUAUCCCUGCAGAUGCGCACAUUCAUAACUCUGUCAUCAAGCGUAUGCAGGCCUGCACAGACUACCGGCCUGGCAAUCUCAUUGUGGGCGGCGGCGGUCGAGGUGUCCGCAAGGCCCCUGAAAAGUACGGCAUAGGUGAAUGGGUACCUCAUUCGUUCGAGGGAGACCCGGUUAGAGAAACGCUGGUUCGUGAGCACUCCCCGGAAGAUGAUCGGAAAGAGUCUAGGCUGUCGAGGCCAGAAAGGCAGAAAAUCAGGCACGAGGGAAAGCAGUGCGAGAAGAAUGCUGGAGAAUGUUGA